AUGGGCCUGAUCUGGCUGCUGCUGCUCAGCCUGCUGGAGCCCGGCUGGCCCGCCGCGGCCCCCGGCGCGCGGCUGCGGCGCGAUGCGGGCGGGCGCGGCGGCGUCUACGAGCACCUCGGCGGGGCGCCGCGGCGCCGCAAGCUCUACUGCGCCACCAGGUACCACCUGCAGCUGCACCCGAGCGGCCGCGUGGACGGCAGCCUGGAGCACAGCGCCUACAGCAUCCUGGAGAUCACCGCGGUGGAGGUGGGCGUGGUGGCCAUCAAGGGACUGUUCUCCGGACGGUACCUGGCCAUGAACAAGAAAGGGCGGCUCUACGCUUCGGAGCACUACAACGCCGAGUGUGAGUUCGUGGAGCGGAUCCACGAGCUGGGGUACAACACGUACGCGUCCCGCCUGUACCGCACGGCGCCCGGGGGGCCCGGGGCGCGGCGGCGGCCCGGCGCCGACCGGCUGUGGUACGUGGCGGUGAACGGCAAGGGCCGGCCGCGCCGGGGCUUCCGCGCCCGCCGCACGCAGAAGUCCUCGCUCUUCCUGCCCCGCGUGCUCGACCCCAAGGACCACGAGAUGGUGCGGCUGCUCCACGGCGGCCAGCCCCGGAGGCCACGGCGGCAGAGGCAGAGCCGGGGGCCGCCGGGCCCACGCCCCGAGCCCCCCCGGCGGCCGCCACGCGCGGCGCGCGGCCCCCACUGA